AUGCCCCUCCCAGUUCUACAGGAUUUCCAUCUUAAUUCUUCUCAGGGAGGUAAUAAGGACAAAGUGUCAUCUGUGGCUCGUUGUGUUCUUAAGUGUCUGGAGGCUCGCCAGCCCGAAGGUCAGAGUUCACGUUACCUGCUUCCAGUCCUGUCAAAGGUCAUCAGCCUUUCCCCUGACUGUUUAACUGAAGAUCAGAUCAACCUGGUCAGUCGGAAGCUUGUUGAUUGGCUGCGAUAUGCCAGCAUUCAGCAAGGAGUACAGUUAUCAUCUGGAGGCUUCUUUACCAGUCCUAGGACAAGACAGCCAGGUCCAAUCACUGAGGUGGAUGGGGCAGUAGCUGCUGAUUUCUUCACCGUCCUCUGCCUUGGACAGUCUUACACAGAGGACCAGUGGAUGAACAUGCAUGCUUUUUCCAUGAUCAGGCAAUGGUUGCUGUGCUACAGCACUGAUGGGAGUGGUAAUGGGGACACAGAUGACAAAUCCGAAGUGGACGGCUCUGUUAUGUCAAUGGUCUCGGCUACCUCCACAUCCAGCCGUCUGCUUCCUCCCAAGGAGCGCCUGAGAGAGAAAGCCUUUGAGUACUGUCAUCGCCUCAUCGAACAGAGCGACAGGAAAGCCUUGAAGAGGUCAGAUGCGGAGCUUCAGAAAGCUUGCCUGAUAGAAGCAGUUACAGUGAUGGACAUCAUCUGCAGAGAGGACCCUUCCUUUGUGUACCGGGCGUUUGCCUGUGUCAAAGCGCUGUAUGGGAGGCUCAGUGGGGACCUGGCCUUUUCCAGGGCACUGCUGCCUAUAGCCCAGUUCUAUCUCAACCACAGCGAGACAGCAGCUGUCGAUUCUGAAGCGGUAUACAGGCAGCUGUUUACCCAAAUCCCAUCUGAGUUAUUCCAGGAGCCUAUGCUGGCCUUUGAGUUUGCCCAGUUCUGCAGAAUGAAUGUGAAAGUGCUCCGGGACAGUGUGAGCGUCUUCAAGCACAGCUUCCCCAACCUCUUCAAGCCGCUGGCAUGGAAUAGCCCCGCCCUCAUCUCUGAAUAUGUUGAACUGCUUCCGUCUCUGAUUGGUCCAGACACUGCCAUUGAGAUUCUCCAUUCCCUGCUGGAUCUGCCCUGUCUAACGGCAGCCCUUGCUAUCCAGCUAAGAUCCGCCUCCUCCCAGCCCUCUGAAAGGAUCCCCCUGGAUCAGAGCGCCAAGGUAUCGAGCUCGAUGGAGGCGUUCAGACACCCUUGCUACAGGGGCAUGUUCCUAUAUAUACUGAGGGAUGAGGCAGGCACUGGAGACACUAUCGACAGGUUGAGUGUGCUUCAUGAGGUGCUGAGGGACAUUGCUGACAGCCCGCGGAUUGUGCAGUGCGCUCAAACCACCCCCGUCCUGCUCCAAGCCUUCUUUAACAAGGCUGCACAGAUUGCAGAUGAAAAGUUGAUAAACCAGCUGGUGCUUGUUAUACUGGAGAGGAGCAGUCUGUUGUAUGAUAUACCGAACUACAAGAGGGAAGUACAGAGGGUGUUUAGCUCCCAGCUGCUGGUGCUGUGUAAACUGCACCCCUCCCUCAUCGUGGAACAGUGCAAGGAGUUGAUGGAAUUCGCAGGGACCACAGGCAACAUACAGAGCAAGGAGAAUUUCUACACGCAUGUGGUUUGGGCGAUUGGGGAGUACCUGUCUGUUUCUUAUGACAAGCGGUGCACAGUGGAGCAGAUCACCGCGUUCUUUGAAACCCUGGAAGCAGUUCUGUUUGAGAUCACCCAGGUGCGCCUGUCGGCCAGCAUCCCCACGUACUCCCCCCGAGUGAUCACCAUGCUGCUGACCACCCUCUCCAAACUGGCCUCCCGCAGCCAGGACCUCAUUCCCAGGGUUUCUUUGUUUCUCUCGAAGAUGCGUUCCUUCGCCCGCAGUGCCGGCGUGUCCUCUUGGUACAGCGAGGAGGAUAUCGAAGAGAUCCACACACGGGCCAGCGAGCUCAUCAACCUGCUGAAGCUGCCUAGCGUGGCCCAGUUUGUACUGGCCCCGCCCACGGAGGGGACUAGCCCACGCUGGCACCGGGACACCAACACCUCCCUGCCCCUGGCCAUGAGGGCCGUCAGUAAAGUACUGCAGAGAGACUCCAGCUUCUCUCCAGGUUAGAAUCAAAAGACCUUCUUUCUGGUCAUCAGAUCUGAAUAUGCACAUAGCUGAGGGGAAAAGAACCAGCUCUUUUAGCCAAGGCUGAGUGGCUACAUUUUAUUCAUUCUAUCUCCUGUUCAAGAACUCUGUGUGUGAUUUGUUUUGUGGAUCACAGUGCUUCUGCUCUUACAUCUUGUUUCUAAAAACAGUCCCGUCACAAUCCCUUGAAAUCUGCACACAUCCCGUAUAAAAAUUAUAAUUCAAAAUGAGGUCAGGAUACAAAAAAAAACUUUAUUUUUUGGUUGCAACAUACAAAGAAUACCUUUUUGAAAAACACAAUACAAAGAACACCUUUCUGAAAAACAUAUUUGUAGACUGACAAAAAUCCAGUUGAGCUUGGUACAAACAGUAUGAGCGCACACUGGUGACUAGGUCUUGUAAUGCUUCACUAUUUACAUGCACAGGGAAAAAUAUAACCUGGUUACAUACUAUAAUAUGAAUAGAAAAAGAGCUCUGAAGUGCGUCAAUACUGAGAUCAUUUCUCAAUGACUGGAAAAGCACAUACCCAAACGUGAGACAAUAUUAACAAUACAAAUACUUCUAUUUUUAAAAAGUGAAAUGCUGAGAAAUUUCAACACAAUUACAGUGCAAUUUGUUAUUUGUGAAUUUAGUUUUAGUUCAUAUACUUUACCGUCAUUAAGAUACUCUGUGAAAUAGUUUGAAAGAUUCGUAGACAAGAAAAAAAUAAGUAUAAUUGCCCUCAUUAAGUAUGACUUUUUUUUUCUCUAUGCAAGUAUUUCUAAGUGCUGUCAAUUAAGACAAAGAACCAGGUCUGUGUACACAAGUCCUUUUGAAAUAUUUAGUCUCCUCAAACAAUACAGAAACAAUGACCAUUCCUCCUGUUCUAUUGGUGUAGUAGCAGUGGGUAGCCACUUGAUGGUGCUUGUGCAAAAGUGUGUUAAACAUGCACAUAUAUGAUUCUUUUGUUGCAAUGAGUUAUCAGAAGAUAGCUGUGUCCUUUAUCAAAGAUAAAAAUUUUCCCUUUGGUUAUAAAUACAUUUUGAAAACCUUUUUGAGUGGUUAAAACUGAAUUACAUUAAUUCAUAUACAGUUUAAACCUACAGUAAACACACUGCAGACAAACAAAACAAUACAAUUAAAAAUGAGAAGUGUCAUUGUAAGAAAUAGAAGUAUUUAAUACUGAGGGGUGUUUGCAAUUGGUGAAAGAAUGUAUGUUGCUAAAGACACACUAGCUCAGUAUGUUCAUUUACUCAAGUUUAAUAAUUAUUAAAAGGUGCUUUAAAGUGCAAAAGUUGUUUUGUUAAUAAACUGUUAAAACAAUCCCAUUGCAAGGAACCACAGCGUUCAUAGUGAAAAUGGUUGUGAGUGAAUAUGUGCGUUUUGAAUUUGUUUUGAAUGAUACUACAAGAUUAUAAAGUGCUGUU